GUUUCUUCACGGUAUGGAACAGACAGCGGAGAGGAGAGGGAUGACAGAAAAAGGUGUCUGGAGCAGAAAAAGACCGAACACGGCUUUCUCUAGUCACAACAAGGCAACGUUACUGUCCUUCUCUUAUUCACUCCACCUCUUUUUGUGGAUUUUUGAAAUGGCAACUAAGUUAAAAAAUGCGAGUAGUGCUUUUGGAUCACCUCGACAUUUCUGCAACAAGGCAAAUUUGGACUUUUGUGAAGGAAAAGUUCGCUUGAAAGGAUGACGACUGCUGUAUCUCAUGGAACAUUGAGACUGUCACGAACUCGGCGUCAACCAGAAAAAAUGCAGCAGAGUCAAGAUUCUCAUCUGGUCUCGCCCCGGAGCCUGUGUUUGUCACACUUGCAGAGACCACCAGGUGGCGGUAUUGUGGUGACUAAUUGACUGGAAGCACUGUUCCCAGCAGAGCAUGAGUUAUGACUUCAGUGGUGCUGGUAGACACCGGCGGGACAGUGGUGGAGUAUGUGACCGCUGGGGAGGACCUGCAGCAGGAGGAGGAAUGUGAGGUGGAGCUGGAUUUGGAAGGAGAGGUGGAGGGCCAGUGUGAAGCUGAGGAUGCCUAUGAAGAAGUGGAGGACAGAGAAGACGCUGAGGCGUACCCAGCAGUCAUCGUGGAGGAGGUGCCGGGUGCCAGUCUGGCUGGAGAUGAGGGUUACUCAGCCCAAGUGCUGGUCUACGAUGACGAGGCUUACCUGAUGGAGGGCGUGGCCGAUGAGCAGGAGGUGGCUACAGUGGAAGCUUCUGUCCAUGGCAGCAGUGCACACUGCUCUGACAAGACCAUUGAGGCUGCAGAAGCUUUGCUACACAUGGAUUCUCCAUCAAGCCUCAGAGAAGAUCAAAGUCCGGAAGCGUUUGUCCCACCGUGUGUAUCGACACCAGACUUUCUCCAUGCCGCCAUGCGCCCUGACAUGAUCGGAGAGACAGAGGUGGAGAUCUCAACAGAGGACUAUUGUGAGGAUGACGACGAGGACAUGGUUACGUUACUGGAGGAGCCGGUGCCAGAACCAGUCAGAAAGAGGAAAGCCGGACGGAAGCCAAAGAUGCAUCAGUCACCUGCUGGCAGUGUUUCACCAGAACUCACUAUCAAGAAGAAAUCAAGAAACGGAAAAGCAGGGAGCACCACCUACCUGUGGGAGUUCCUGCUGGAACUUUUGCAGGACAAGAACACUUGUCCCAGAUACAUCAAGUGGACCCAGAGGGAGAAAGGCAUCUUUAAACUGGUGGACUCCAAAGCCGUGUCCAAACUGUGGGGCAAACACAAGAACAAGCCCGACAUGAACUAUGAAACCAUGGGACGAGCACUCAGGUAUUACUACCAACGUGGAAUACUCGCUAAAGUCGAGGGGCAGAGGCUGGUUUACCAGUUCAAAGACAUGCCCAAAAACAUCGUCAUUAUUGACGACGACAAGGCGGACAUGUCUUCCCCCACUGAUCUCAUCAGCUCAGAGACUGCCGCGUCCUACGAGCGUGUGCCGCCACCUUCAGAUAUGCUGAUCCUGGAGUCUGAGCCACCUCCCUCAAAGAAACCCAACAUCCUGCGAGGCGGUGGGAACAGAAGCAGCGGCAUCCACACGUCUGUGGCAGCGGGCGGCAAGAUGACACCAGGAGGGGACGUGGCGGUGACAGCAGGCGUCCCGAGGAUGGUGGCUGUUUCUACGGCAGCAGACGGGACACAGAAUCAGCAAUCUCCAACAACCAUCAUCCCAAACUCCACUGCAGCAAGGACAGUCCGGGUUGCUAUGCAGGUGCCUGUAGUCAUGGCAACACCAGUGGGUCAGAAAAUCUCAACAGUUGCCGUUCAGCCGGCAGCAGGAACACCGGUCACCGGCGGCCACACUGCCCUUCUUACCAACGCUUCUCCAAUCGGAGCAGCGGCAGGAAGCGCCACUUCCCAGCAGAAGGUUGUAAUCCAGACCAUCCCCACUAUGGUGCCAGCUACAGCUGAGAAUGGGGACAAGAUCACUGUCCAGCUGGCCAAGAUCAUCACCAUCCCAGCCCACCAGUUAGCUCAUUGCCAGCUCCAAACCGCCAGAGGUACGACAAAAAACGCAGACAGGGUAUCUCAACCGGGUAUCAGCCUCCUCGGAAGUCCCCUGACGGUCCGGGCGCUGGCACCUGUCGGCGUUGGACCAGGAGCGCACGUGAUGAGACUCGGUGUGCCAACACAGGCGCCUCAGCAGACUCUCGUGGUCUCACAGCCGGGAAGUCUCGGGAGUGGAACAGGGGUGGUGACGGUAACAUCAGCCAAUCAGACGUUGACGGCGCAGCCCCGUAUCAUCAGCGGCAUCAUUAACGGCUCCGAGUUGGUGAUGGGAGGGUCGGCAACCGGAGGAGUCACGUUGGAAAAGCUGAAACCUGCAGGGGUCCAGGUCCAAAUUGUGCAGGUGCCUGGCAUGGUUCAGCCGAACCCCAAAACCGUUCACAAAGUGGAAACGGAGCCAGUGGACGCCGAGGUCGUCAUCAAACUGGAAAAGAACGAAGUCGCCUGUGACGCAGACACCGUCUGAGCUUCCCUGUGCUGCAUGACAUGCACACACGUCUGCCAGCACAGUUUCCCACCAUGCCGUGUUGAAGUAUUGCCCCUCUCUGAGAGUUGGGGUUCAUCUGUGCAUUUCUGAAUCCAUUCUUAAACAUAACCAGCAGAAGACUUUAGAGACUCCGAGAUGUUUUUAGCCUGAAACUUGUUGUCAUGUUUUCUAAUUCUCAGUGCAGACACCUGAACAGCAGAAGGGCCGUGGAAAGACCCCAGAUUGUCCACUCGGGAUCCACAGCCGGAUUAUAAAGGGAUUUAUUUUGGGAACGUAAAGGGACCAACCUUGAUCACUACAAUUUUUAUUUUAUUUUUUUCCCCUCUCCGAAAUGGGUCAGCAAGAAAACAAGCAGCUGUAAAGUCAUGAACAUGGAAACACUACAAAACGAGGCGAGUUGGAUCCGAACCAUGAGCUGUGAGUGGCGCAGCAGCGGACAACAUGGCAUUCUGCUGUUGUACGCGUCACUCGUUUCUAAUGAUUUUACCUCGGAGGAAACCAGCAGGCAGUUUUUUACUGCAAAACUCGUGCACUUGGUGCUAUGUGAGUCUGGGAGCUGAGGGAAGCUCCAACUAAGAAAAAACAA